AUGAAUGAACCGCCUAAUCCAAACAGUAUGAUUCGUCAAGGCAGUAUUGACGAUAUUAACUCACAACAAUUUCUCAAGGUAUCCAACUAUGAAGAUACUGUUCGUCAGCUGGACAUAUAUUAUGCUAUUGUGAAACGGCAGUUGUUAAGAUUUCAAAGUCCAAUUACAGGACUUUUUCCAGUUUUGUCAUCUGAUCUGCACAUCGGAAGUGUUCGAGAUAGUAUUUAUUGUGCAUCUGCUGUAUGGGGACUAUAUCAGGCAUACAGGCGCAUUGAUGACGAUCGAGGCAAGUCUCACGAAUUAGGCCAGAGUACAGUAAAAUGUAUGCGCGGCAUUCUUGAGUGUUGGGUGAAGCAAUCGGCGAGAGUUGAGGCUUUCAAGACGCGCCAGAGUGCGGCGCACGCGCUGCAUGUUAAAUUCCACCUGACAACAGGUGAACCUGUCCUCUCUGAUGAACAAUACCAGCACCUGCAAAUUGAUGUGGUGUCACUGUAUCUUCUGUUCCUCGUUCAAAUGAUCACUUCGGGACUGCAAAUUAUUUAUACACAGGACGAAGUAGCAUUUGUUCAAAACCUCGUCUAUUACGUAGAGAGAGCUUACAGAACGCCUGACUAUGGUAUGUGGGAACGAGGCUCUAAAUACAACGAUGGAAAACCUGAAAUUCACGCAUCAUCUAUUGGGAUGGCUAAAGCAGCUCUGGAAGCUAUCAAUGGCUGCAAUUUGUUUGGGGAUAAAGGAGCUUCUUGGAGUGUAGUUUAUGUAGACAUCGAUGCUCACAAUCGCAACAGAAGCAUCUUCGAAACCAUGCUACCUCGUGAAUCCAGUUCCAAAGGAGUCGAUGCUGCACUAUUACCAACAAUCUCGUUUCCCGCUUUCGCGACACACGAGGAACAUCUAGUUCAGUUAACUAAAACUAACAUAUUAAGACGUUUACAAGGAAAGUGUGGCUUCAAAAGAUUUAGUCGUGAUGGGUACAAAUGUGUUCUGGAAGACCCUAACAGAAGGUUUUAUCACGAGGGUGAAUUGAAGGAAUUUGAUGGCAUUGAAUCAGAAUGGCCUCUGUUCUAUGUUAUUAUGAUUAUCGAUGGUGUUUUCCGCACCUUGCCAGAUCAAGUCGAAGAAUACCAGAAACUUCUGAAAGCCAGAAUAUACAUGGAUGAACAUGGUGAUCCUGUAAUACCUUGGUACUACUAUGUACCCCGGGAGGGUAUAGAAAGUGAGCGCAGUGAACCUAACUCAGUGCGCAGACUGCCUGCAAACCAGCCCGGUGAAAAUUACGAUAAAGAUACGGGUGGUCUGUUCCUGUGGGCGCAAUCCCUGUUUGUCCUGGCGCAGCUUUUGACUGGUGGACUAUUGCAUGUAAACGAGCUGGACCCCAUCAGGAGAUAUCUGCCUUCGUACAACCGUCCGAAACGGGCAGGACGAUAUUCCGCAUUCCAGGGUAUAGCUACCGAUCUUGUGGUUCAGGUUGUGUUGAUAGCGGAGUCUAUGCGUCUACAAGCCAUGAUGGGUACUUAUGGGAUACAAACACAAACACCUCAUGAAGUGGAACCCGUGCAGGUGUGCAGCUCCACGCAGCUUGUUCAUGUGUACCGGGAACUUGGUAUUUGUCCUAAAUUGAAACUUACUGGACGUCCUAUAAGACCUAUCGGAUCACUUGGCACGAGCAAGAUAUACAGAGUGUGCGGCAUGACGGUGUUGUGUUACCCGCUUAUAUUCGAAGUAUCAGAGUUCUAUCUGUAUCGAGACAUGGCACUCCUUAUUGAUGAUAUUAAAACCGAACUCCAGUUUGUUGGAAAGUACUGGCGGUUGUCCGGCAGGCCGACAGUGUGCCUGUUGGUCCGCGAGGAGCAUAUGCGCGACCCACACUUCAAGCACAUGUUGGAUUUAUUCGCGAUGCUCAAGAAGGGACAUUGCGACGGUGUCAAAGUGCGACUCGGCCGUUUGCAGAACUUGAUAUCUAGUUCUUGCAUGGAGCACUUAGACUUCAUGAGUCAAGGCGAAUUUCCAGCUGAAAUGUUCACGCAGUUUAGGCAGUUGGAACACGAGUACAUCGGUUACCAAUCCUUAACGGAUGUACCUCGUACACUCACCUAUCGCGAAGAGAGUCUCUGCUAUGAAUCAUACAAACACAGAUCGACACCAGACGUGGUAGCCGCUCUCAGAUCCACGGAAAAUAUCUUCGCUCAGUGCCAGCUCUGGGGUAUAUUGCUGGAGCGGGAAGGACCUCUGUUUGAGGUGAACGGUACGAACGCGUUGGACUCACUGAAGAGCCUGUACCACAGCGCCGGCGUGCUGCGGCACUGGCGCGCCGUGCGCUACUGCUCGUCGCUGCUCAACCACACCGUGGACUCCAUCAGCCCCUUCAUCACCACCGUGCUGGUUAACGGGAAACAGUUGACAGUGGGCGUUAUCGGUCAAAAGGAGACCGUAUUCGAUAAACCCAUGACUCCAGGCGAGAUUCAGUCUGUGAUGUAUUCUACCAUUCAACCGUAUGACGUCAUUGGUGCAGUAUUGCAACAGGAAAUAGUGUUAUACUGCGGUCGUCUGAUUGGCACCAAUCCGGACAUGUUCCGUGGUAUCCUAAAGAUCCGCGUCGGCUGGGUGCUGGAGGCUAUCCGCAUAUACUUGCAACUGUUCCCUGACGAGAAACGCGGCGAUGGCACGAUCGAGAGCUUGUCCCCCUACAAGCUCCGCACGCUCUUGCAGAAGGUACUCACCGUGUCUGAUUGGGCCGAUGAACGAGGAUUGACGCCUCUACAACGAAGACAGCUGGAAGGUUGUUUAUGUCGUGUGCCUAAACACUUCUACAUUCAUGUCUGGGAUAUCUUAUUGCGGACCCCCAAAGGAAUCAUAAUUCAGGGUCGUUCGAUCCCAGCAGAUCCGACGCUAGUGAACAUGUCUCGUUCGGAGCUGUCGUUCGCUUUGCUCGUAGAAGAGGCGCUAGUUCGCGUGGAGUCCUCGGCGCGGCGCCAGCUCUGCGUGGAGCUGUUGUGCGUUCUGGCGACCAUACUGCGCCGUAAUCCUGAGUUGUAUCUACAACAGCCGCUACACGUCGAUAAACUAGUCGAUGACGCUCAGUACACGUAUGCCAAGGACAGCGGUUUGACGGACAGCAAUGCGCUGAGCUGCGCGGCGGUGGGCGUGUCGGUGGGGUACCUGGCGCGCGCCGUCGUCAACAGCGUGCUGCAGGGCGCCGCCGCGCCAGACCUCGUGCCCGCCGAGCAGCCCUCCUGCCUCGUCUCGUAA